AUUCAGCAAGCGAUCGUCCAACGAGUCACAUCAUCACCACAACUCAUUCGGAGUCAUAUUAUCGAAAUACAAAAAUGGAGAACUCAUCGAGCUACACCCACAAGAAGUUUGCCGUCAGCAAGCGGAAACGGGAAGUGGACCAUGACAAGGAGAACCAAACUCAGCAGUCGGAACAGCCGAUCUUCAAGCGCCGUCAGACACAGGGAUUCUUCCGACCUUGGUUGGAUAAUGAGCAGAACCAACAGGCGGAGAAGGAGACGUCAACGGCGGCGAAACCCAGUGGCCCAGGAUCCUCGGUCAGCCAGUACCGUGCCAACAUGGUGCGCCGCAGUAACACCAAUCGUCAGCGAAGCCCCAAGGAGCAGAUGCGCCGCGAUAGAAACACGCUGGCUUGCCUACUCAGCCGGCGGGCCAAGCAGGCACAGGAGGAGCAAGUGGGUCAGCAGUACGAGCAGUAUCGGAGUCAUCAUGCCGCCAUGCUGGAACAGCAGGUGCGCCUCAGUCUAUACUACCGCCACAUCCUCCAACAGGCGGUGUUCCAGCGUGCCAUAAAUCCGGCACCGGGUCACAUCCUGCCGCAGCAGCAACAACAGUUCCUCCAGCAGAUGGCCCUCUCCCAGCAGAUGCUCAUCUUUGGUGGCCAGCACUGCUGACCGUCCAAAAUCAUAUCAUAAUCAGCGACUAUGGAUAGCCCAAUCAUGUGAUUUAGUUUAUUAAG